UGCAACGGGUGGUCACAGUACACCUCCUCUGGCGUUGUAACCAGACGCACCUUGUCCAGGUUGUGCUGCUUCCAGGGUCCGGUUGUCCACUCACUCCACAGCGCUGCUGAUCAUCCCCACCUACUGUGAUGUUGUCGACAUCUCGAGGGGCGGAGGUCCCAUACCUCCUGUUGGUGCUGGCCUGUCUCCUGGUGCACAUUCACGGCUUCACGGCUGGGCAAUCAUUAGAAACAGAUCCAAGAGCCGAGAAACAAACAGUAACAUCUGAAACAGCUGGUCUCGUUCGUAUCCCCAACCCUGACGAAGAUUGUGACGAUGAAGAACCAGAGGUUCAUGGAACGUGUUCGUGCUGCUACGGGAACGAAUUCUACACACAUGGGUCAGUUGUCCACACCGACGCCAAGAAGUGCUUACAGCUAGUGUGUCACGACGGAGAGAUUGUCUCCAAGUACACCGGCUACCACAGCUACUGCUCUUGCUGUGAGUACAAAGGACAGCUGUACAAUCACGCCACGUAUCUGCCAAUCCCGUGCGGCUAUAUGAGGUGCUUAUCUGGCAGAUGGUACGUCUACGACACGAUCGACAAAUGCUGCGGUCACUGUAUAGCAUACGAUGACGUCCACAUGGUCACCUUCGACAAUAGAUACUACGACUUCCACGGUCACCUCAACUACUCCCUCGCCCAGUCCGACACAUCGUACAGCCCAGAGGUGGGAGUGUUUGCUGAUUUCAAGCCAUGUUCGUUCAAUGGCCUGGUUUCUUGCCUCGACAAGGUCAUAUUCAGGGAGAAUCCAAACACCAUCGUCACCAUCGACUACAGCGACUUGGGCACUAUUCAAGUGAACGGAGAGUGCUACACGUUUCCCACCAGCAUGCCCUACAGGUAUGCCUAUCCGCUGGAGGUGAACGGCGUCACCUAUCCGAUCAUCGUAGUCAAGACGUCCUACAAUUGCAUCAAAUAUAUUGGCCUCACUUCCAGGAUCACGUUGAUAGUCUGCCCACACCGUGUUGACGUGGUCGCCCACCCGAGCCACUCUGACGGUCUGGAUGGUCUUUGUGGCCACUACAACAACUACCAGAAUGACGACUUCACCAGCCGCUCUCUUACCGUCUAUCCUUUAUACAAAUACCCUCUGGACUUCCCGCUUUCUUGGCUGACAAACGACCAGUGUGGCGAGGAUUAUCAAAGUGACUGCCCUGAGCCUCACCUGGGAUGCUCUGGCGCAUAUACGACCUCACCGUGCAAGGCGGACAAAGGUCAAAUGUAUAGCUACUACGUUCGGUGCUACAAAUACCUGUACAACUAUGUCUACAGAAUUUCUGAUCUCAGGCAUUACCUCUACUCGUGUGAAUUUGACCUCUGCAUGUUGUACCAGAACGGCCAGGGCAGUUACGUCACCACUUGGCUGAUAAAACUAAGGACCAAUGCUCUCUUUAGCCGCUGGCUCUACUACAACACUAAAGAAAUCGAGAUAUAAUCAUCCUCAUCCUCGGGUCGUUAGAGAUACAGACCUCAACCCGGGACGAAGUAAAGAACGAAGACCAGAGGUGAACGCGUGAAGUGGACGUUAGACAUGAACUCCACAGUAAACAGCUGAGGAAGACAUCGCGAGUGAACAGGGACAACAGGAACCAACAGCAGCAGUCAACAUCGGAGGUGAACGGUAGUCAUAAGCAACAGAAUCUGUCGCGUUUAAAUGCCAAAUAUUAACACCAAAAGUGAAGAGUAGUGAACAAACUCUGAACACCACAAGCACCAGUAAGACAGUUGAACAAGACAAUAUGAUAAUCAGUUCUUUGGCGUCAGUUAUCGAAGUCGUCCCCAACUUAUACCAACGAUUAUUAUUAAGUCACCAGUAAUUCUUCGCCGCGAGACAUGAGAAAUUCUCGUUCACCCAACAACUGAAACUAAAAAUCAGAAUCCCUUACCACCGACUAGUGGAAUUUGAUAUUCGAAAACAUCUGAAAUCAAACCAGAAAUUAUUAAAUAUUUGGAAUCAUUCGUUCAAAAUUCCCAAACAUCGGGAGUCCCAAGGAAACUUCUCAAACAUCUGGCAUCAUACCAUAGCAUUCCUAAACAUCUGGAGUUAGGGUUUAACAUUCCCCAAAAGAAAAACAACAACAAAACAUCACCUGGCAGCACAUUCACUAUCACCCACCAACACCACCAAAACUUAGGUCACCCUCAUCCUCUUUAUAAUAUUCAUAUUUGCUGUAAUAAACAUAUAUGAAUUGUUGUUAUUAUUGUUAGAGUUUUAGUAGCAAUAAAUUUGGUUAAUCAAUA